GUGGUGCUAGUGUAGUGCUGGUAGUAGUGGUGGGACUGCUGGCGGUAGGUGGUGCAGAAUUGCGUGGACGGCGAUCUGCCAGACACCAGACGCCCGGCGCACGAUGUUUAUAUAUCUGGUGCAGCGAUGGGAGGGGAAGUGAUCAACAUUUUGGUUUUGUGUAUAGGGGCGCGCGCAGCCGUAGUGAGAUUUGUCGGAGGGGAGCAGUGGUGGCGUGAUGGCCCGCGGACCGUUGGGGGAUGUUCCGACGUGGGCCCACUGGUGGUGACGGUGUCUGUCUGACAGGUGCAGACAGGGAGAGCAGCAGCGACAGUGGCAUUUCGUGGGUGGUGGUGAAAGUCGCUCUGGGUGUCGUUCUGGAUGUCACUGGAUGCAUACUCACGACGUUGGCUCCGGUUAUCUCCUAUGCCGGACCGGACCAUCACCGUAUUGUUCUAGAACCCCACCAUCUGAGAUGUCUUUGUUGGCACUUUAUCUUGCUCGGACACAGUUUUUUCCGGGAGGAGAACCAGCGAGUGCGGAUAUACCCACCAUUGGCUGGUCCCAGCAAAUCACCGCGGAACCCCCAACGGAACUGGCCCUGCGACGCCUGCUGGGACACUUGCUGGGGCGCUCCAGGCUGGGUGGUGGCGCUGCCUCCAGUGGGGUUUGGUGGAGAGAGUGGAGAACUGACAUGCCCCUCAUCUUCCCCUCCACCCAUCCACGGCGGAACCGCUUCCUACAAGGGAACCAGCCAGUUUUCCCGAUCACGUGGCCCAGUUCCGACUCGAUCGAUCCGCCACUGGGGUCUUGGCGAUGGUGUAACGUCCUGCCAUACUCUGGCCCGAGUGUCGGUCGAGGCACGGUUUGCUUGCGGCAAAUGACCAAGCUCGAAAGCCCUUUUUCCAUUUCGCAGUCCGUUCCGGUUUUGGGCCUACCCCUCUCAGACUCGCGCUUCUUAUCGGUGGAGGGCAGAUCCCAUCACCAGCUCGGAACUGUACCUCCUGCCGCGGUGAUUGUGGGGAGCUCAAAAGUCGGGGUAAUCAGAAAGGGAGGAAAGGGUCUGAGGAGUGGAGGAGAGUUGGGGUCCAACUGGGAGUGGAGAGCUAUUGGGAGAGUCGAGAAAAUAGGAGAGUACUGGCCCAACGGGUGAAAAUUGGCCAACCAUGGCUGGAAAAUUCCCAUACCAUGGCUCAAAUCGCAUCUCAAAGAUGCCCCAACACGCCAGUGGAGACGAGAUCCAUGUUGCAUUUUGGGCCGGUGCGGGAAAUUCAGAGGUGUAGAGUUCGCAACUGCUCGUGUGCAUUUGGGUGUUUACGAUGGCUGUGCCCUGGUAAGGGAAAAUGCCAGUCGUUCGAUUUUUGAAUCAAUGAAUUAUAAGGUUCAAUCGGUGGACUGACCUGAAUAGAUAUCGUGUGGUUUUUUUUGGAAGCAGUCAAGGAUCAGUGGUCAGACAUCUCGUGUGGUUAUUGUAGAGAGGUGUCCUCUAUCGGUGGACUGACAGUUAUCGUGUAGUUUUUGUCGUAAGCAGCUCCCA